CAAGUUGACGCGUCCGAAUCUCGGGAGAUCGAGGGAAAAACAUUAUUUUCGGUUGUAUUCCAUUCGCGAAAGUUAAUCUGAUUAAACAGCUCCAUUGGGACUAACGUGAGGUUUAAAUUCGUUUCCUUUUGGGGGAUUAUUUUGGUCUCGGUGGAAAAAUUUAUCGGGAGUGUUUUCGUGGUAAUCCGGAGCUAACAGAAAAGACGAAAAUUGCAUUUUCCAUCGGGAAAUCCAGGGUGAUACGGAAAAUGGCGACUUCUCGCUGUCCCCGCUGAUCGUUUCAGAACCUGAGGGGUCUUUUUUGGAAGUAGUUUUGAGGUUGUGAAUUGCAUUCAGGGGAAUAACCUAGAACCCAUCCACCGGCAGAAUUUUAUGAACCGGUUUUGCGCCGUUGAUAACUCAAUCGAACCCCGCAGAGUGAUGGGACGUGAGUCUUUUAGGGUUGAAGACAAGUUCUUCAUUGGAUAACUCGUCCCCAAACCUCUCAAAGCUGGAAAACAGAAGCUUCUGAUAGAGAAGUACAAACAUGAUACCGACCCCCCGUGCCCUCAUCGCUAUCCCUACGUCCUUAACAGGUACAAAGACUGAUAAAAUCCUCGGAUGAAUUUGGGCUCAAGUACAAUUCAUAUUUUUUAAUUAAUUUUUCACUUGCUGGUUUUGUCCAGUUUUUUCGGGGAAUCAUCUAUCAUUACCAUAUAAAUGUUGCAGUAUGAAGCAAUUAAAAUUAUUCACUUAACAUUGAUUGACUAUGUAUCACGCUAUGCUCCCACCUCACAUGAUGAUACAGAUUGUCGGUGGUCAGCAAACGAAUGGACAGUGUCCUAAUAUUCCCUCUCCCUCAAUUCCUGCAACAAUUACUGCAACUAGUCCCACUGAAGUUCCAGCUACUUACGUGUUUGACGGCAGUUCUCAGAGCCAUCGAUUGAUACAGACAAAUCUUCGGUAUCCCCUGGAGCUCUACCAAAUGUUGGGCGUGGAGAUUCCGCAGUUUCGUAGACCCAAUUAUGCGACGGCCACGAGUAAUGUCACUCCUUGGCAGAGACGAAACAAUAACAACUCCCAAACGAUACCCACAUCUCACCCUAACUACCGUCAGAACGGUUUCGCCUCCUUGAGGAAGUCCCACUGGACAUCGAAGACGAAGCGUCAAACCCCCAAGGAACGUCCCCCCGAACCCUGCAACAGCGACAGUGGCUUCAGCUCGCGGUCCCCGACCCCUAACAAACACACAGACGGUAGCCAAACAGAGAGCUCAGAUGAUCGUGAUUCCACGUCCUCAACAGACCUCGAGAUCAAACGACUCCACGAGCUUCACUCAAUCGCUAUUCAUAACGUCACCGUAAGCCCCCAGGGGUUCAUCUCCAACCUGGCCCCCCAGUACUACCAACAGCAGAGGCCCCUCAACUACUACCACAGCACAAUUCCCGCAGCACGGACAACGCAGAUUCAGCAGAACUAUCAGAGCAAAAAGCGUUACCACAGUGGCAGGAGCUCCAGCUCACCUCCAGCCCAGAAAACUCAGAACAGACGUAGAUUUGCGGACAUAAUGGUACCCGCGGUCAACUUCUUCCCCAGACCCUUCAUUGCACCUGACAGAUUUCUUGCAAGAUCACACCUCAUGCAGGUCCACAAGACUCCUGAGGAAUUGAUGCGUGGCUGUCCCAGAUGGGAUGAGUUAUCUCAAGAAAUUUGGAGCAAGUUCUUGGCUAAUCAGCAGUCGGAAGCGACCUUCCGGAACAAAAUGAUGCUGUGGAAAUACCUCUACAUCUACAUCAAAUCGACUUAUCCAAGGUAUGGGCUUUUUCUCGUCGGAUCCACCAUGAAUGGCUUCGGAUCUGACAGCAGUGAUGUCGACAUGUGUCUGCUAGUGAGGAACACUGAGAUGAUCCAGAGGAAUGAGGCCAUUUGCCACCUAGACCAGAUCAAGACCUGCCUCAAGAACUGUGAUUUUAUCGAUCAGUUGACCUUGAUUCAGGCCAAAGUACCAAUCCUCAAGUUUCAUGAUGGAAUGCAGAAUCUCGAGGUGGAUUUGAAUUGCAAUAAUGCUGUGGGGAUUCGCAACACUCAUAUGCUAUACUGCUACUCAAGGAUUGACUGGAGGGUGAGGCCUCUGGUGCUCGUGGUGAAGCUGUGGGCCCAAAGUCAGAACAUCAAUGAUGCCAAGAACAUGACUAUCUCCAGUUACUCACUGGUACUCAUGGUCAUUCACUUCCUCCAGUGUGGAGUCAGCCCUGCUGUCCUGCCAUGUCUACAUUCCAUGUAUGGGCACAAGUUCAAUUCCUACUCGGAUAUUCAUACGAUUGAUAUACACGAGGAUCUCAGCUUUCUCACAAAGACAGUUGCACAAACUAAUCGUCAACCUCUUGGGGAGCUGCUGCUUGAAUUCUUCAAGUACUACUCGAAUUUUGAUUUCAAUCAGUAUGCAAUAUCAGUAAGAUUGGCGAGAAAAGUGCCCAUUGACGAUUGCCGUAGGGCCCGUUCAUGGAAGAACGACCCACAUCAAUGGAAAUUUCUUUGCAUCGAAGAGCCAUUUGACUUAACUAACACUGCCAGAUCAGUCUACGACUACGCUGUAUUCUCCCGAAUCAAGACUGUCUUCUGCAGGACCUAUCAAAGACUGAAGGAGAGCAUGAGUCUUGCCAGUGUCUUCGUGAAGCAGGCACCAGACGUUGGGCUGAACUACCCGCUACCCACGGCCCUAAAGUAAUUUCAAGUCUUCCAGAGAGACUUUUAUUUCUGAGACAUUUAUCCUUGCCAAGGGGCGAAUAAUGAGCUUGUAUGAAUUUUUUUAUUGUGAUAAAUACGAGCCUCGCGAGAUUAACAUGGCUGUGCUAUGUAUCAGUGAUUUACACUGUGAUAUUUAGGGUCGAGUAUUUCGUAGAAUCACCUUUGGGAUUUAAGAGUGAUAGGUAUUACAACGAACUUAAAUAGAUAAAUUGAAUAAUCUAAAAGGGAAAGAACAAGAGAUGAAAAAUAUGAACUAAGGGAGGAAAGUUAGCAGAUUAGAAGAUGAAAGGGUGAAAUUGCUGUGCAAUGAGUUGGAGAGGGAACAGAAAUUAAUUAUAAAUACGUAAUUUCCCCUCUAUGGGAGACGAGAUUAAGAGAUUAAAAUCAGGGUGAAGUGGUGACACGUGAUAAGUUACAUCUGACAUUCAGCUUAUUUUCAUUUAUCUUGGAAAUCUGUGGUUUCAGGACCAGUUGUCCUCCCCUCAUUGUCCUAAUUAUUUAAUAUUUCAUGAGAUGUAACGAAUAAAGUGUAUAAUGGAAAGUUUCACCACUUUGCUGAUGAUAUAUUUGUGCCUUGUUUGUUACUAUUUAUAUUCUGAGACUUGAAUGGAUGAAAAACCAGGGGAGUGACGAGACUUUUGCUCAAUGAAUGGUAGCUUGAUAUGAACGCAGAAAGUACUGAAUGAGCGAAAGUGACAGAUAAUAGCGAAAAAUAAGAAAUUUCAUCAGAUAACUGAAAUUAUUUCUAACUGGUGCAGAGGUGACUCACACGAUUUCACCGAAUUUAAUUAAAUUAUUGUGAGUCUUUGCAAUUAAACUCGGUACCCGAAGGCCUCUCCCUCAGUUAUAGACAAUAUAAAGAAAAGUAGAAAAAAGUUUGAAAACAAAAAAAUAUAUAAAAUAAAAAUAAAACAAAAAAAAUUAAAAACCAUAAAGCAGAAAAAAUAUAUAGACUGUUAAUAUUUAAGUUUAUAUUAUUUAAUUUUUUUUCGUGCAUACUUUACGCUCACUGGAGCCACAUGUUUCGCGUCUUCUUUCCUUACACUUUUUAAAUUUUUUUUUCCUAGAGGGAGGUGGCUGAACAUUUGGCAAUUUAUUUGUGAUCGAUUUGUAUUUCUAUUAUUUUUUUCUUCGAGUGAAAGCGUUACAUGAGGUAGAAAAUACAGAAUAAAUGAAUAUGAUUGAUUUCGGACUUAUCUUCGAAGCAUUUGAAUGGUAAAUUUAUUUGUGUAAAAUUUAGUAAGCCUUAUUGAAAUUAUAAUUUUUGUUAAAGAAUCAUUGAUCAAUUCGUGAAGCUGUCGGAAAAGCUCCGGCAGUAGGACAAUCGGAAUAAAUUCAUUGUAACUUUCAUUUUGUUGUUGAAUAAAUGCAUUUUCGUAAAAAAAAACAAA